AUGGCUGGCGCGGCAGGUGCCUGUGUCAACGAUUUGUUGGGCAUGGACGACGCGAGUCUAGCUGCAGCGGUAGCUUCGGGGAAGAUUCCACUCAGGAGCAGCGGAAAUCCCGUUGCGAGCACCAAUGCUGCUGGCACCGCGGCGGCGGCGGCUACAGCCGCUACAGCCGCGAUGCGGAGCGCGCUUGCUAGCAGCGCUACUGCGCGUCGUAGCGGGCUCGGGGGAGGGGCAGGGGGAGCUCUGUCGGGCGCGCGGGGAGGAAUGGGCGCAGUCGCGCUGCUGAACGGGGACGGGGGAAGGUUCGAUGUCGGAGGGGCGCAGCAGCAGGCGGAGUUUCUCCUGGCUGGGGGGGCGGCGGCGCAGCAGGCGGAUUUCCGCAUGGGCGGGGGGGCGGCGCAGCAGCAGCAGCAGCAGGCGGAGUUUCUGAUGGGCGGAAGGGCGGCUGCGCAGCAGCAGGGGGAUUUCCGAAUGGGCGGGGGCGCAGCGGCGCAGCAGCAGGCGGACUUUCUCCUGCUGCAAGAGCUGGCGGGACAGCAGGCGGCAUUGCUGGGGGGACCGCAACUAGCGGGGGGAUUCCCCGGAGUCGACAUCUCCGCGUUUUACGGCGGGGGCGGGGAGGCGGCGCGCGCGUCGAUGGCGGAGAUGGAGGCGAAGGCGCUGGCGCAGUCGCGCUCGCACAGCGAGGCGGAGCGGCGGCGACGGGAGCGCAUUAACCAGCACCUCGCGACGCUGCGCGCGCUCCUUCCUAGUUCUAGCAAGGCGGACAAGGCGACACUGCUAGGCGAGGUAUUAGACGUGCUGCGAGCGCUGCACGCGGAAAGACAUGUUUCCCCACCACCUACUAUCCCUCCACCCCCCUUCUCCCCGCUUCCCCCUGUCCAGACGGACUAG